ACAACAGUCAACAAGACAUAACCUUUUGAUAACAAACAGCUGAUAAAUCAUUUAUUUAGCAUAUCUGUUGACUGUUGAUAUAAUAAACAAGUUGAUUAUUUAAAAAAAUCAUGAAGCGAUUUUAUCAAGGAUCUAAAGAUUUUGAUGGAGCUACUCCAAACAAAGUUGCACUUGUUGAAAGAAGCACAACACAUAAUGAAUUAUUUGUCAAUCAUUGGGCAUCAACAAAAUCAUCAACUGAAGAUAUCAUAGCAUUAGCAACAGAAAUUCAAAAGGCUGACAAUUUUAUUCGUGCAAAUGCACAAAAUAAACUUCAAGUUAUUGCUGAACAAAUGAAAUUUUUACAUCAACAAGCACAAAGGGUACUUAGUGAUGCAAAAGAACAUGCUAUUUUACAUCAUGCUGCAUGUAAUUUUGUAAAACAUCCUGGUAAUAUUUAUCAUUUGUAUGAAAAAUCAUCUGGACAAUGUUAUUUUUCAAUGCUAAGUCCUGAGGAAUGGGGAAACAAUGGUCCAUCACAACUGUACAAAGGUUCAUACAGAUUAGAACAUGACAAUUCUUGGACACCACUAUCACAUAUACAAAAAAAAGAUACAGAAUUAAAUAUGUUUGAUAAACAUUUAUCACAUAAUCAACUAUUUGCAUUGUCAUCUAGUGAAUUGAUGAGUGUUGAUUUGUAAUUAUUAUUUUUAAAAUAUAUCAACAAUAUUUAUUAUUAUUUUUUCAUUGAUCAAUUUUUAUUAUCUACAUUUAAGAUAUAUUUCGAAAUCAUAAUUUCUACUGAUGA